AUGGUCCCACGCAGUCUCGACAAUGCUGCAGUCACAUCAAUACCACCAGAGCUCUCCUGUUGGUCCAUUCUGUGGGCUCUGGCCGCUGUUGUAACACAUUGCAUGCUACAGCCAUCCUUCAACAGCUACUUCUGGAAUUCGACGGCAUUCGAGGGCUCCUUAUCGCCACACCGAUCCUCGCCAUUCAUCUGCCUGGCCGACUCAGCCGUUGAUAUCUAUCUGUUAUUCCGCCCCCGUUCUGACGCCUCAUCUAUUGAGCACAAAUCCAGCAAGCAUGGGGUGCUGACCCGGCUGGCACUCUACCUUCUAGGAGUGCUGCCGCAGUCGCUCAAAAUCCUCAGCGCUCGAGGCAUCCCAAUCACCCAAGCCAUCGUGGCGGCUUUCUUGCUGUCGUCUACCGUCAGUCUGGUCUGCUCACUCAUGCUAGAUUCCCACGACGAGCGACUACGUGACUUUGCCUCGAACCUGAAAGGUCCUGAAGAGCCUGUCCUCGGCCUCUUCUCGCCUAAGGCCCGAGCAUCACUAUUGGGUCUUAUCGUGUUUGUCGGUCAUGUUAUCGGCAUUAUCAUGGUCUUCCAUCACCACAAGGACUUGAUAGGGUUUGAUGCGCCGCAAGAUGUCCAGAAUGCCUUUCAAUGGAUAGUUGACACUGGCAGUAUUGUGUACCUCGCAUACACACUGCAAAACACAGCUUUCAUAGUUGUUGGCAAAAGAUCUCCUAUUCCACCGCUGCCUGCGCUACAGCUCCUCGUAUGCACCAAUCAUCUGUGUUUCAAUGAUUUACUUCGAUCGAGCGGCAGGGCACGAGCCAAACAACAACAGUCAUCUGACAGGGUUCCAGGCACCAUCACUGUGACCGCCACUCUAACCAUCGUAUGCUACCUGGUCGCUUGGGCUUUGCAAUCUGUUGGGCAAGCCGUGCACGCCCGGUGCUCUUCUGGACGUCGGUCGAACGAGUCCGAUAACUCGAUAGAACUGAGCCCCACCGCACCUGUUGCUGCGGAACGAGGUCCUUCUGCAGCGGCUGAUACAACCAGCGAAGCGGUCACCGAACAGGCCGACCUCGUUGCCCCGGAAGAGGUUGAGAGGGACGUCCCAGUAUCAGAACUGACUCCCAGCCAGAUGUUCUUCAGGGUCGUGUUUUGGAUAUCAAAAUGGAUAUUGAUACUGGCCUGGCGGCUGUUCAAGGGCAUAGGUGGGCCUUUCAUCUACAUGUUCAACUGGAUCGAAUUACACGUCAAGAAGCAUCAUCCGCUCCGAGGACCGAUGAUGACAUUUGGCCUUGUGAAUUUUGCUACGGCUGCGAUCUACUACCUUGCUUUCUUCGAUCCGCAUGGGACGAAGGCGCCUGCAUGGAGCCAAGCCCUGGGCUGA